CUUUGUGACUUGACAAUAUCUUCUUAUCUCUCUUGUCACAGACUAAGAAUCCUCUGAUUCUCUGUGUUAUUUUAAGAGAGAUAGUUACUAAUCAAUUAUAGUUAAAUAGAUAUUACAGAUGAAAUACAUAUUAAUACAAUUACUACGAUAUGAUUGAAAAUAAUAUGAAGGCACAUUCUCAAUCAUUACUUAUUUCGGUGACGUAAGUUCUUCAGGUUUGGUUAGAAAUUUUGAAACGCACAAGUACACUGUGAUUGUUGCCAUCUUUAACGUCAGAGUUCAUCACAUUUUACACUGUGAAAUUCACAGUUACCUUUCUCUUGGUUUCUUGGCAAAAAAAGCCUCAAUACAGAUGAUUUAAAAAAAAUAUCUUGAUACAGUUUAAUACUAAUGUUUCUUUAAGCAUACACAAUGAAAAGAUCUCUACGUGUAAAAUCUGAAAGAAAACCAAUAAUUGAUAUAAGUGACUCUGAAGAUGAAGUGGAACAUACCUCUAUCUCUAGUGAUGAUGAAUAUAUUCCUAAAAAAAAAAAAAAAAUAAAAAAUUUAGAGAAAAAAGUAACAGAAUCUAGAAGUAUUUCCACUACUAAAAGGAGGAAGGCUGAUACUCUUGCACAGACCAAAAAAAGUGGGAGUAUAAAGACAGAGACAAAAAGUAAACAAUCAAAAACCAAAACUAUUACUGAUUCUAAUGUUGAAAUCUUGUUAGAUUCGGAGGAAGAGGAAAAGCAAAGUUACGAUGAUAAAAAUAAAAAAGGUAAAGGUGUUCAUAAAGGGAACGUUAAAACUGAAAGUACUGAUAAAGAAAACAUAGAAACACCAAGUAUUGAUACGACAAGUAUUAAAGAUUCUCUAAAAACUGAAAUACUGUCAAAAUUUAAUUCUGUAGAGUGUAAAGAAUGGACAGAUGUAGAUUAUGUAAGCGAGGUAAAUAAUAUUGAUAAGCACAUAGCAAAAAAUGUGGUAAAUCUUCUAAAGGAAGAUAAUACGAUACCUUUUAUUGCAAGGUAUAGAAGAAACAUGACUGGCGGUAUGGAAGCAGAUAAAUUAAGAGCAUUGAAAGAGAGUUUUGAUCAAGCUACAGUAAUUAAACAUCGAGCUCAUAGUAUUCUGAAGCUUAUUGAUAAAUCAGGAAAUUGGACACCCAAUGUGCAUGCGGCUGUUACAUCUACUAAAUGUUUGGAUGACUUAGAAUACAUAUACUCCCUCUUUAAGACUACAUCAACAAGAUCCUUAGCAGAAAGAGCUAAAAAAGUUGGAUUGGAACCUAUAAGUAAUGCAGUGUUAUAUGGUCAACCAUUACCUGAUUUUUCUACACUUGUCGAUGCUAACAAGGAAGGUUUGAGAACACAGGCCCAGAUUUCAGAAGGCAUUAUUCAUAUAAUAGGAGAUAUAAUCAACAAGGAUAAGUGCAUAUUUGAUAAAGUCAAAGAACUUCAAACUAAAAGCAUUAUAAAAAUACAAACUAAUGCAUGUAAAGUCAACAAGUCUGAUACCAAAGAGAAAGAUGCAGAUAGAAAGUAUGAGAUGUAUUAUGAUUUUAAUGCUACUACAAGAACAAUUAAACCUCAUCAAAUAUUAGCUAUUUAUAGGGCAGAAGCACAAAAGAUUCUCACAGUAAAAAUUAUAUUGCCUGACUUUUUUCAAAAUGCAUUCAAGUCAUACUGUUGUAAACAGUUCAAAGAUGCUAUGCAAGCAUCCAGCUGCCAUAGUAGUAUAAUGCAUGACAGUAUUACUUAUGCUUUCACAAAAUUUAUAAAGCCUUUAGUUGUCCGCCGAGUUAGGAAUGAGUUAAAGAAACAAGCAGAAACUGCAUCCAUUGAAGUAUUUGCAGUUAAUGUCAAACAGUUGCUUCUCACUUCGCCUGUUCGAGGAAAAAUUAUACUUGGCGUAGAUCCUGGAUUUGUUCAUGGCUGUAAGCUUGCAGUAAUUUCUGAACAAGGGAAACUGCUUGAUACGGGUGUAAUUUAUCCACAUAAGAAAGGGGCAAAUCACAUGGCAGAAUCUGUUAGUGUUCUGAUGAAAUUGAUAAACAAAUACAGAUGUACAAUUUUAGCAUUGGGCAAUGCUACAGCUUGUAGAGAAACGGAACUAUUUUUGAACGGAUUAAUUAAGUCUGAGGCAUUAAAUAUUUCAUAUGCAAUUGUUGAUGAAGCAGGAGCAUCGAUAUACAGUUGUAGCGCAGAAGCAAAAUCUGAGUUUCCAGAUCUCGAUACUAAUAUAAUUUCUGCUGUUUCUAUAGCAAGGCGGUUACAAGAUCCACUUGCCGAAUUGGUAAAGGUAGAACCUAAGCAUUUGGGUGUGGGAAUGUAUCAACAUGACUUACCAGAGAAACAAUUAUCAACAACAUUAAACGAAGUAGUUUCAGAGGCUGUGAGUUUUGUAGGAGUGGAUGUGAACACGGCAUCCCAAUGCCUUUUAAAAAGGGUUGCUGGUUUAAAUGUAUCUAGGGCAAACAGCAUCAUACAAUGGCGAAGCGAAUUUGGCCCAUUCAAAAACAGACAACAGAUAUUGGAGGUGAAGGGUAUCGGUAACAAAACUUUUGAACAGUGUGCCGGAUUUAUCAGAAUUCUGCCAGAGACAUCAGAGACUGACGUGUCAGUGAAAAGCAAAAGCGUUAAAAAAUACGAUCCCAAUUUGUUAGAUCAAACUUGGAUUCACCCAGAGUCAUAUAACAUAGCCGAGCGAUUUUUGAAGUAUUGUAAUUGUAACGUAGAGUACCUUGGUAAUGUUGCAUUCAUCGAUAGAAUAAUGUCUUUCGUUAAAGAGGGUUGUGCUGCUUUGGCACAGAAGUUCGACACAAAUGAGACGACGAUGGAAAUAAUCGUUAAAGGAUUAUCCAUGAAAAAAGACGAAGAUAUAAGACUGAAGAACACUAGUCCUUUGUUCAAGAAUAGUAUGCUUAGCAUAAACGAUAUAAGCAGGGGAACAUCGUUGACCGGUGCAGUAAGAAACGUCACUCAUUUUGGGGUGUUUGUGGAUGUAGGUGUUGGCAGAGAUGGUCUUAUACCAUUGAAAUAUAUGAAAAAUUGCACGCUUUUGAUAGGUCAACGCGUGGAAGUUAAAGUCCUUAGCGCGGACGUUAACCGCAAUAGAAUUAGUUUGGAGUUAAUUCGUGUACUAUAAUAUGUUCCUACAUAUAUUUACAGAUCUGAUACGUAUUGAUCUGGUAUGUACGAUUACAUAUACUUUACAAAAUACAUUUAUUUUUCUAUGUAUAUUACAGGUGCUACAUUGUCUUUUGCAGUUUGAAGCUCGAUAUAAGAUAAUUUUAUAGGAUUAAUAUAUUACCGUGGAUGGAUGAUGCCGCGCGCGCGCGCGCGUGUGUACAUCUGUAAUUUACUGCUUCCCCUAGUAGAGUAAAGAUCUUCCGUGAACACUAUGAAUAAACAUAAGUGCAGGACGUACUACACAUCGGACACAGCAUUUACAUAUUUCACGCGCCACUCGGUGCGGAGUCGACGACUAACAAUUAAUUGUUCCUCGUCAUUGGCGCGCGCUGACCUGGAAUUAAUCAUAUCGCCGAAUUAUAAACGUUCGUUUCAUGCUCGGUUUUUAUCGCAGCCGUUAAAUCAUUUGGACAUUCGUUUCAGUUCGUUGCAUGCGAUAAUUAAUACUAAUUAUAUUGUUUCGAAAAAUUCACUGGAAAAGGGAGCAAACCGUAUCGCCGAGUACUUUAGCAUUUCGAGCACGUACGAAAAAAGAACGGACGAGAGCAUGGGUUUGCCUUGAGUAGAAUCAUUAAAAUUUGCGACGCGCUGCGGAGUUCCCGCCUACUCUGAAUGGAUGUCGCCAAUUAUACUCGUAUGAUUACCAGUCCGAUUUCAAGUGCAUGUACACAUAUUGCAAGCCCCAAUUUCCACUUAAUAUUCUCGCUUAUGCAUUCCGGCUGUGAACCGUGCCAUUUAGAAGACGGCUCGCCGGUCGGAAUAGAUGGUGGAAAUGGUAUCAUUGCGAGCGCGCGACGCCGGUUAUUAAGAUUUUAUCAUCUCCAUGUAAUACCGUUCAACGCAAGCUUCGUUCGAUCAAGCAUUUACAUUUUUUUUUCUUUUAUUUCAUUUUUGUAAAAUUUGUCUUGUCGAUUGCUGUAUUGAUUAUGUACAUAUACAUAAUAUUUCCGUUUGAUUAAAAUAUACGUACAC